AUGGCGAUGCCCUCCGCCGGAACCCACCUUUUGAAUGCCGAAAAUCCACUGUUGAACGACGUCGUUCAUGGCUCCGUCAACUUCAAAGGCUGCCCUGUUACCCGAUCCAUGUCCGGUGGUUGGAAGUCCUCUUUCUUCAUCAUAGGCGUUGAAGUGGCUGAGAGAUUUGCGUACUAUGGAAUAAGUUCGAAUUUGAUAAGCUAUUUGACGGGUCCAUUAGGACAAUCCACCGCAACUGCGGCGGAGAAUGUGAAUGCAUGGUCCGGCACGUCGAUGAUUUUGCCACUUUUGGGUGCGUUUGUGGCGGAUUCGUUUCUUGGUCGAUACCGGACCAUUGUCAUUGCUUCUGGGCUCUAUAUCCUGGCACUUGGCUUCUUAACCCUAUCUGCUGUUCUGUAUUCAAUCAAAUCUUCCGACUGCCAUUUAGCUGCAAAUAACAUGGCAUGCUCCCCGCCACAGUUUCAAAUUAUUUUCUUCUUCUUCUCUUUGUAUUUAUUUGCACUAGCACAAGGAGGACAUAAACCUUGUCUCCAGGCUUUUGGCGCUGACCAGUUUGACGAGCAAGACCCAAAAGAAUGUAAUGACAAAAGCUCAUUCUUCAAUUGGUGGUAUUUUUCCAUGAAUUUGGGUAUUACAGUUGCUCUCUUUGUAUUGAACUACAUCCAAGACAAUCUAAGUUGGGGUCUUGGCUUUGGAAUUCCUUGCAUUAUCAUGUGUCUUGCGCUAAUUAUAUUUUUGCUUGGAACUAUGACUUAUCGAUUUCGCAUACAGAGCGAUGAACGAAACCCAUUUGUGAGAAUUGGUCAGGUAUUCCUGAAUGCGGCUAGAAAUUGGCGGACUACCCCAGGAGCAAUAUCUAAGGAAGAGGAAGCACAGGGAAUUCUGCCAUAUCAAGGAUCUCAACAGUUCAAGUUUCUUGAUAAAGCGUUGCUUGCACCUGAUGGCUUGAAGGAAGAUGGGAAAGUUUGUAGUAUUACUGAGAUUGAAGAAGCAAAGGCAGUUCUUAGGCUUUUUCCAAUAUGGACUGCAUGUUUGGGAUAUGCCAUUGCAUUUUCACAAUCAUCGACUUUAUUCACCAAACAAGGAGCUACAAUGGAUCGUUCUAUCACGUCUAGCUUACAAAUAUCACCUGCUUCAUUACAAUCUUUUAUCAGCAUCGCCAUUGUUGUCUUUAUUCCUAUCUAUGACCGGAUUUUGGUUCCUAUUGCAAGAGCUAUAACUGGGAAACCCUCGGGCAUUACAAUGCUUCAACGAAUUGGAAUUGGAGUAUUUUUAUCUUUGCUUUCCAUGGUAAUUGCAGCUUUGGUCGAGAGGGAACGUCUAAAAACUGCUGCUGAAUAUGGAUUGGUGGACAUGCCAAAAGCAACAGUGCCUAUGAGUGUGUGGUUUCUGCUACCUCAGUAUUUGCUUUUCGGAGUUGCAGAUGUAUUUACCAUGGUCGGACUCCAAGAGUUCUUCUACGACCAGGUUCCAAACGAGCUGAAAAGCAUCGGUCUUGCUCUAUACUUGAGCAUAUUUGGCAUAGGGAACUUCUUGAGCAGUUUUCUUAUCUCUGUAGUGGAGAAAGCCACCAGUGGUCCGGGGCGAGAAAGUUGGUUUUCAAACAACCUUAACCGGGCUCAUUUCGACUACUUCUAUUGGCUACUGGCUGCACUUAGUGCUGCUGCAUUCGCUGCGUAUGUGUACGUUGCAAAAUCUUAUAUCUACAAUAGAAGAAACUGUCUUUGA